AUGAAUUGUUCAAAGUGCAACGUUGUGUUGGCUGAUACCGACUGUGUUAAAUGUUCAAUUUGUUCUAAGCCAUUCCAUAUUGCUUGUACGUCUAUUUCUGGUUUAACCGGCAAUAAUCUUAAAACUCGUUGUACUUCGUGGCUGUGUACUGUUUGUGAGUGUGCAAGACUUGGAGUUAGAAAAUCACUGGUUAUGCAACCAGUUGCAGAUACUGAUUUCAUAUCUAAAAUUAAUACCAUACUUUCGACAGUAAAUGAUAUUAAACAAUCGGUUUCUAAACAUGAAACCUCGCUUUCGUCACUCAAUAAGAAGCUCGACAAUGUUUCUGUUCAACUGCGGGACUUGGGGACUCGUACUUCUGUGCUUGAAAAUAAAGUCACCCAAUUAGAAAAUCAAUUGUCUAGUACUAAAUCAUCAAAUUAUUCAGCGGACGAGACCGUAAUAUCAGAAGUUAUUGAUCGUCAGGCAAGAUCACGAAAUUUAAUUGUUUUUAAUGCUGCAGAAUCUGAUGGAAAUACUGAAGAUGAUAUAUCGCUAAUUAAAUCUGUUCUACAUUAUAUAACUCCUAAUAUUGCUCCAGCAUUAGUUUCUAGACUAGGCCAAAAAUCAAGUAAACCUCGGCCACUUAAAGUUACUUUACAUGAGCCUUCCGAUGUUUUUAUUGUACUUAAAAAUAAACACAAACUUCGCACGUCUUCUACAUACAGUUCCAUUCGUAUAUCUCCAGAUCGUACUAUUAUGCAACGAAAUCAACUUCGUGAUAUCAUAGAAAAACUCGAGGAACGUAAAACAGCCGGCGAAACCAACUUAGUGAUGAAGUUUGUCAAAGGUGUACCGACCAUUUCAAAAAACUAA